CUUCCCUCGGGCCAAUAAGAGCGGGGAAAGGCUGUGUUAGCCCCGCCCCCUCGCCCUGCCAAUGAGGCCGUGCCGGCCGCGGGCGGUGCGGGAGGCGCAGCCGAGGGAAGAUGGCGGAGGAGGAGAAGCUGCCCGCGGGUUGGGAGAAGCGCAUGAGCCGCAGCUCAGGCCGCGUCUAUUACUUCAACCACCUCACCAACGCCAGCCAGUGGGAGCGGCCGAGCGGCGGGCGGCCCAACGGGCACGGGGAGCCCAGCAAAGUGCGCUGCUCGCACCUCCUGGUCAAGCACAACCAGUCGCGCCGACCCUCCUCCUGGCGCCAGGACAGGAUCACGCGCACCAAGGACGAGGCGCUGGAGCUGAUAAACGGCUACAUCCAGAAGAUCAAAUCGGGAGAGGAGGACUUUGAAUCCCUCGCUUCCCAAUUCAGCGACUGCAGCUCGGCCAAGGCGGGAGGCGACCUGGGCGCGUUCGGAAGGGGUCAGAUGCAGAAGCCGUUCGAAGACGCCUCGUUCGCCCUGAGGGCCGGCGAGAUGAGCGGCCCCGUGUUCACGGACUCGGGGAUCCACAUCAUCCUCCGCACAGAGUGAAGUGCCUUGGCCGGGUAGGAAAGCCGAGAGAAAACCAACCCAACUCCAAACGCUCUCCCCAAACGAACUUCAUAUCCAGUCGAUUUAAAAGCUCAUUUCAUAUCAACGUCUCGGCGGUGGCGCCCGACACGAUGGGUCGCGCCUCGCCAAGGGUGAGGGCUCAACCCACAGCCCGUAGCGUCUUUGCGAAGCGGAGAGGACGCCCAACGCGCCGCAGCCGCUCGAGUCCUCUUGACGUCUCCGCGACGCGACGCUCGCGCUCCAGAGCUUCCCACACCCACCCCGGUAGAGUAUUUAUUGCGGCGCCGGAGCCGGCGUCAAACCCUCUGCAUGUUCACCGCGCCCCAACCAUGGCUGCGCUUGGCUCGUAGCUCCGACUCCCAAAGCCCGAUCAACCAUCGGGUGGCGACGGAUGAGCCGGCUCAGCGUCCGUCCGUCCAUCAUCCAUCCAUCCAUCCAUCCCGCCGUUUAAUUUAGGGUGGAUCGGGGCCAUUCGUUGCGCUGUAGUCGGGGUGUCGUGCGGUGCCGCGGUGCCGCGGUCGCUCCCCCUCGUUGUUCCGCCGCGUCGGCGCCGUUCGGUAGGGCGGCUUUCCUUAAUUCUUCAUCCCUUUUAGCUAGAAAACCCUUUAUUCUUCCAUUUCUCCAUCCGCUCGUGAGUCGUCUCCCGGUUACUCCGCGUAGCGAAACGACACCAGGAAGAGCAAACGAACGGCAAAUUAAUAGCCCGGCGCAAACCGGCUGUACGGUCGCGGUUCUGAGCAGGAAGUAAAGCCCUCUCCAAUUAAA